CAGAAAGUGCAACAAGUACAGUAAUUGCGAAUGUCACCAGUCCACCAUAUUCAAAAGGACUUUCAUGCUUUCGAUUAUGGCACUCACUUAAAAGUGGUAGGCGAAACAACAUUACAAUUAUCCUUUCGAAGACAACAGCUAAGAAGAAAAGAAUAGUUACCUUGGGGAACACCGAUAAAGAAAAAGGAAAAUGGAAGCAAUUAUACAUGAACCUUGACACUUCGAUAAUUUCCAAAAUUAAGAUUAUCGGAAAUCUUGACAUCGACAGUUUGGGGUAUGUACCAGUUGAUGAUAUUGUUAUAACAUUUGGCAGACUAUGCUCAGCAGAUUGUGACUUUGAAAGUGGAUUCUGUGCUUGGGAGCAACAAAAAGGAUCUGAAGAUGACUUCAACUGGAAACGAAUAAGUGACAGUACUCCUAGUAAAAAUACCGGACCAGAGAACGAUCAUACUUCUGGAGAUGGAUAUUACAUAUACAUUGAAUCAAAUAAGGAAAUGGAAAAUAACACUGCUAGACCUGACGGCAAUGGACAAAAAUGUUUCUCAUUUUGGUUCUACAUGUAUGGGGAUGAUGUCAACUAUCUUCACAUAUUUGUUACAACGCACGCCGAUGGUGAACAACGUGUAUAAUCUGCACACAAAAGCAAGGGAAAGCAAUGGGUAGAAGCACAAAUCGAGAUCAUUGAUAAGGCUUAUCAGGUGAAAAAAGAGGCUCUCUUAUUGUAGUUUAUAUUUUGGUUCAACAAUCAUUACAGCUGUAGUGGUCAGUAGUGUGGCAAUAUUUAUAUGGAGGUAUGAUAAAUGUUCGAACAGCUUUGCAAUAAACGCGCUCUUUAUAAGCUUACAGUUUGAUGGAACAUGAAUAUAAGAUUUCUUAUAUUAAAGGUAUUUAUGGAUGAUAUUAAGAAUUGAAAAAAGUAACAAUUUUUAUAUUACUUUGCUGGACAAAAAUGAGUACUAAACGCUGACUAUUAAAUUUAGGUUUUUGACAGGCAAGUUCAAGUUGUUUAAUGUCAUUUUUAUUUGAACGUUAAGUGCACACAAAUUUGUAUUUCUCCUGUAAAAGAAAAGAUAUUCGAGCAAAAGAACAUCAUCCGAUGCUCCACGUGAAAUAUCGUCAGAAACUACAGGUUAUGUCAAUUCUUCAGGAACCAAUGAAACGUACACAGGUCGUAUCGUUGAAAAUCAAAAAAAUAAUAUGCACUCUAAGGCAAGCAAAACAGCAUCUGAUGAAAGUGAAUAUGCGGUAAUUACUGACGACAAUAUUCAUCCACAUGACUCUAACAAAACGGAAUACAGCAUUAUUGAUAUGAACCAGAAAAUUAAGCAAGCCAAUGAUCACGUUUAUGAUCGUCUGAAACAUGCAUUAUAACAUACUCGUUUCUAUUCCCGUUAAGUUACAAUGGAACCGGGAACGUCAACAUUUUACCAUACACUGACGCCUGAAUUUCAUAUCGGGUGCGUGACGUAAUUUAAUGUGUGUCAUUGCAUUAAUUCCUUGUAGUUAGUCAGUGCUUUUUAACAAAGCCAUAUUAUUGACAUUACAUUUAUACGUGUAGAUACGUAUGUGAUAAACAGCUUACUGUUUUUUCAUCGAGAAAUUUGCACUCAUUCUUUAGCUGAAGAAUAUUGUUGCUUGCUGCACCUAGAAAUGAAGCUCAGAGAGGAGGCUUUCUACCUGCUGUUUAGAGUUGGACGGAAAGACAUACACAUAUAACGACACAUACGUGAACAAAUGAUAGAGAGUUUGAGAUUUCAACCUUCGCCUUCCCCUUCAACGUCUCUUGCGAAGUUAACGAAUGAAGUUGCAAUUGAAGUUCGAUUAAAAUUCCUUGAGAUUUCAAACUUUAGAAUGCACCUUACUUCUUUUAAUCCGCCCAUUCAGUUUAUCCGU